GUGCAGCACGGCAAUUGGUGGUGCCGAAGACGUCGGCUCCGUCAUGUGAUCAGCUGUGUCCAAUCACAGCUGAUCACAUGGGACAUCUACACUGAUCAUCAGGGCACUGAUGAUCAGUGUGCCCUGAUGAUCAGUGUAGCCCCAUCAAUGCCACAUAUCAGUGCCCAUCUGAGCUGCCUUUUAGUGGCACCUAUUAGUGCCAGUCAGUGCUGCCUAUCAGUGCCAGUCAGUUCAGCCUAACAGUCAGUGCCACCUACCAGUGCCAAUUAGUGCCAGUCAGUGCUGCCUAUCAGUGCCGCCUAUCAGUGCCAUAUAUGAGUGCUGCCUUUCAGUGUCCAUCAGUGAUGCCUGUCAAUGCCCAUCAGUG